GCAAACUUGGAUUUCGAAUGAAGGUCGAUUAUCCUGCGAAAUACAGGAGGAAAACCCUACGCUGUGCCUAUGCGAUUGACCCUUCAUACUACCAUUAACACGGUCCUACGGGUUUCGCCGCUGAUGGCAGAGACCCUCCGCAUGAUCUCCUGGGAUGAGUCCGUCGAUGAAAAGUCAUCGAUGAAGGAUGCGGGCAGCAGCGAUGAGGAUGAUCUGGAGAUCUUGGAAUUAGCACGACAGCGCGUUUACUACCCGCCGCCCAAAAUGAUAGCAAAAACGAUGCAGCUGACCAGCCGAAAAAUUCAGAGGACCAAGGCGAUGAUCUUGGGUGAGCCCCUCGUGCAGAUUUCGAGGAUGGCCGAUUCUUUGGAAUCCCCUCAGACUCUGUAUGAAGGAAUCACCCCUCUCCUCGCCCGGUAUAACGACAAGGGGCAUUACUGUGACAUUACAGAUCUACCCAAAUCCUUAUUGACAUCGGCUAAGGAAGUGAGGUUGUUACGAUUGGGGGCGGAAGCAAGUUCUCUGGAACCCCUUGGGCAUCUCGAAGCCGCAACAGACGAACUGGGGAUAAAGAUCGCAACUAAGAAUGUACCAUGGCAUGAUAUUUGCGACGGGGUUACCCCAGAAGGACACGUGGCAAUCCGGGAAGAAGAUGCCCAGAUGAUGGCCAUGGUGUUCUCCUGGCGAUCGGACCAUUCGUUCAUCUCGGCGCCUCCACCCAAUGUGGCAAAACAGGCGCGCAUGAAACAGAUUGACGUUCGGAUCAGGAACCAACUAUUCGAGCUACACUGGGUCUGGUGUCCGAUGGGGAUUUGCAACGCACCGGCCACACUUCAGCGAGCGAUGAACAUGACGUUUCAGAAUUUCAUCAACAAGACACGGUUGUCACAAGGGAUGAUUAACUUAUGCGUGAUCGUGUACAUGAACGAUAUCCUGGUCUAUUCGGAAACCUAUCACGGGCACGCGCAGCAUAUCGAAUGGACGUUGGGCGCAUUGAGGGACGCUGGGUUCAAGAUUGCGCUCGAGAAAAACAAAUUUUUCCUCUCGAAAAUUUCGUUCUUGGGCUACGUCGUGACACGUGGAGGACUACGGCCGGACUCAAGAAAGGUUGCGGCGGUGAAAGAACCCCCGGUUCCCACGUCACUGACGCGGGUUCGAGCUUUCUUAGGGUUAGCAUCGUACUACCGGCGCUUCAUCAAGAGCUUUGCCACGAUUGCACGACCAUCAACAAAUCUGUUAAGGAAGGACCAGCCUCUCAGCUGGGACGCGGAGUGCCAAGAGACUUUCGCAACCCUCAAGGACGCUCUGGAGACGGCCCCUAUUUUGAUUCGGUCGGACCCCUCGAAACAGUUCAUUCUCAUCACGGACUGGCAACCGGAAGCUAUCUCCGCUAUUUUAGCGCAGAAGGGGAUCGAUAGUCGUGAACAGGUCAUCGAAUACGCGUCACGCAUGGUACCGGACGAACGGAGGAAUGACUCAGCACCUCAAGGCGAAUGCUAUGCAGUGGUCUGGGGAAUCCAACACUUCCAUCCGUAUCUCUACGGACAGAAGUUUCGCCUCGUGACGGAUCACGAGCCUCUGCUAGCUUUGAAGAGGCUCACCAACUACACAUGCAUGAUUGGCCGUCGGGCGGCGCGACUGCAAGAAUACGACUUCGAUAUCGUCCAUCGAAAGACGGAGCGACACGACAACGCGGACGGGCUGACACGUCUGCAUCGACCUGCCAAGGCGCGGAGAACUAACGUGGCGGGAGAUCUUCUGGGAUUCGUCUUUGGAGCUGUGGAUCGGGGAUACCAAUCACAGAUCGUGCGCGAACUUACGAUCGUGAUCGUGCGACUGGUCGACGGGCUCCCCCUCGAUAUCGUCUCUCUGAGCGACGAAGAGCCCGUGCUGCAUGUCCUCUCAAGGACUCUCGCCCCGAGCCUCCAGUGGUCGGCUUGUAUCGAGGAGCGCUGGGCGGACGGCCGUUUCCCAUCUCGCAGCGAGUACCUGGACAUCCACAACCUAACUAACCCCCGCUUCUUUCGACAACCAACGGCGUUCAAGUGGGCAGCACUUAGAGCAGAGGAAGAAGCAGAAGAAGAAUCGAAAGGAGAAUUAAGGAGAGAGGUCGGAGAAGCAGUGGCCCGGUUGGCCGAGGACGAGGAAGAGGAACACGAAGCAGAAGAAGAAGCGGCGGAAGCCAAGGACGACGAAGAAGAAGAAGCAGAGGGGGAGACUUCAGAAGAAGAAGAGGAAGCCUAUAGCAAGCACAGUGAGGGGGAGCAAAGUGAGGAAGAGGAGGACGAAGACGACGACGAGGGAGUGGAAAGCGGAGAAGACGAUCGGGAGCCAGCGCACGACGACGAACUCGAGUGGGUGCCAAAACCGGAAUGUCGAGAGGAGAAUCCUGAGGCCACUGCGCAGCACAAGAAAAAGGUCGCGGAGGGAAAACGGCCAGUGAUCGACCCCACACCGAACGAUUCUUCCAAGGAUCCCGAGCCGCCCAAGCCGGAACAUGGGGUCCUUGCUGCCACGACUUUGAGCGCCGCGACGACAAAGCGCCGACCCUGAUCCCGAUCCUCAUCCCCCUCCGCCCCCGCCCGUCCCCCAAUUCGUCAACGUGUCGAUGAGGGGCUUCG